AGCGUCGCAUGGAGCCGUGCAUCCAGAACGGCACCCCUCUGGCUCUACGGCGCACCAUUCAUCCCUAUUUCUUCAGCAGGGGGUGUACUACUGUACUGGCUAUCUCUGACUGCUCUUGUCGUUGCACACCUUCCUUUUGCGUGGAAAUCGGUUCUGGCCUUCAAGCCUGUAAAGCUCCCCCCUUUCUGAUCCACACCAUCGCUGCUGCGCCUGCGCGGCCUGUUUGCAUUUCAUAGCCAGAACCCACUCUUUUCCUUCCUUGUUUUGCGCUAAAGCAGUCCAAUUAGCAUCGCUCGCUCAUAAGUCUGUUGGAGGCAGCAUUGAGCUAUUUCUGCAACCAAGUGUGUAUUCCUUGCUUCCCGCAAUCCAAAGCUGCCUCCUUUUCUCGGAUCCAAAUCCCGCAACGUUUUCGUCCAUUUGGCAAUCUCGCUGGUGCUUGUCAAGCUCUAAGCCUGACACCCCCCCCCCCCCCCCAACCCCAAUUCCAGCACCAAAAUCCCAUCUUUUUGCUUGCUGGUGCUGGUGAUUCCGUGGCCAGUCCGAUGGGGGCGCUUGGGGACAGGCUGCGGGCCUUCUCCACGAACCGGUGGCUGGUGUUCGUCGCCGCAAUGUGGCUGCAGUCCAUGGCCGGCAUCGGGUACCUCUUCGGCGCCAUCUCGCCGGUCAUCAAGGCCGCGCUGGGCUACAACCAACGCCAGGUGGCCGCGCUCGGCGUCGCCAAGGACCUCGGCGACUGCGUCGGCUUCCUCGCCGGCUCGCUCUCGGCCGUGCUGCCGUCAUGGGCGAUGCUGCUCAUCGGCUCCGCUCAGAACUUCCUCGGCUACGGCUGGCUCUGGCUCAUCGUCACCAGGCAGGCGCCGGCGCUGCCCCUCUGGAUGGAGAGCUGUUCGGUUUAGACCUUUUGUUUAGGAGGGAUUGUUCAAGAUAUUAAUGCUGCCUUCACUGAUCUUGGUCAAGAAAUCUGAAGAUUAGAGGAGUUCCUACUAAAUUACAGCAAAAGCAGUCAACUUGUUGCCUGUCGAACUGUUCUGUUCCCCAGUGACAAAACUCAUCUGUUUCUGCCCUGCUCAUUUUUUUAUGGAAUUGCCAAGUAGGUGGGCCUAAGAUGUGACCUGAUGAAUAAAUAUAAACAGCUGGACUGAACCAACCGAGGAACGAUUGCGUGGACGCUGGAUCGUAGAUCAGAUCAAUUGCAGUGAACACUUCUCUAAUCACGUUUAAUUUACUUCUGAAUUGACCAAUCAAAUCACAUGAGUGUACUGCUGAGGAUGUGUGUUCUUAUCUAUGUUGGGACCAACGGUGAGACAUUCUUCAACACAACCGCACUUGUUACAUGCAUACAGAACUUCCCCAAGAGCAGAGGUCAGACAGUGGGUAUUAUGAAAGGAUUUGCGGGCCUUAGCAGUGCAAUCUUGACGCAGCUGUAUGCAGUAAUGCACACACCAGACCAUGCAACACUUGUCUUCAUGGUUGCAGUUGGUCCAUCGUUGGUUGCUCUUGGCCUGAUGUUUAUUAUUAGGCCUGUUGGAGGUCACCGCCAGGUGCGUCCAUCUGACAAGAACAGCUUCUUGUUCAUCUACACUAUCUGUUUGCUCCUCGCCUCAUAUCUUGUCGGCGUCAUGCUAGUCCAAGAUUUCAUGCAACUGAGCGACAAUGUGGUUGGUAUUCUCACUGUGCUUCUUCUCAUACUUCUUGUUUUACCAAUCAUGAUCCCUGUGACCUUGACAUUAUCAUCCAAAACACAACAUCCAAUUGAAGAGGCUCUCCUUUUUGAAUCAUCAAAAGGAGAGACAAGCACUUCACAAGAGAAAGAGGAUCAGCCAGAGGUCAUUUUGAGUGAGGUGGAAGAGGAGAAGCCUAAGGACAUUGAUUCAUUACCUCCAUCUGAAAGGAGAAAGAGGAUCGCAGAGUUGCAGACCAAGUUAGUGCAAGCUGCAGCAAGGGGUGGGGUUAGAAUCCGGAGGAAACCACACCGAGGGGAAAACUUCACCCUGAUGCAGGCAUUGGUGAAGGCUGAUUUUUGGCUUAUUUGGUGUUCGCUCCUACUUGGAUCAGGAUCAGGUCUGACAGUGAUCGACAAUCUGGGUCAGAUGAGCCAGGCUGUUGGGUUCAAAGAUGUACAUAUUUUUGUGUCAUUGACGAGCAUAUGGAAUUUCCUUGGUCGUGUUGGAGGUGGCUACUUCUCUGAGAUUAUUAUCAGGGAACACGCAUACCCAAGGCACAUAGCGCUGGUAAUUGCUCAGAUCCUGAUGGCUGUUGGUCAUUUCCUCUUUGCAAUGGCUUGGCCUCGAACUAUGUACAUCGGAACCUUCCUGGUUGGACUCGGAUAUGGAGCUCAUUGGGCUAUUGUGCCAGCUGCUGUCUCUGAACUUUUUGGCGUAAAACACUUUGGUGCAAUGUACAACUUCCUCACAGUAGCAAACCCCACAGGGUCACUCAUCUUCUCAGGCCUUAUUGCUAGUAAUUUGUAUGACUAUGAAGCUGAGAAACAAGCACAAGGCCAUCAGAUAACAGCAUUGACAUCUCCAAGAUUGCUUCAUAACAUGGGUUUUCUUGCAGAUGGACCACUGAAGUGUGAAGGAGCUGUCUGCUUUUUUGUUAGCUCAUUGAUUAUGUCAGCGUUCUGUGUUGUUGGAGCUGGCUUAAGCCUCAUGGUUGUUUACAGAACCAAACGGGUCUAUACUCAACUCUAUCGUUCAAACCGCACAUGAAACUUCCAUGGAUAGGAUAUGCCAUUUCCUCAUGUUGUUCCAUGUACCAUAAUUUUUGCAUAUAUGUGUCGUAUACACACAAAAUUAAAGUUUGCAUGUAUAUUCUCUAAUCAUUUCAGAGGCUUUACUGCACGAACUGCUGUCCCCAAAUAGAAAUUUGCACGCCUCAUUUGUCGGAUAGACAGGCUGUAGCUGAAGCCUGAAGCUUGGACCAUGAAUUCUGUAAUGAAGGCUUUGUACUAAGACACACAUGUCCAUUCAGCUCCGGCUCUACUGUAAUUUUCUUUUAUGUGCAUGAUAGAAUCUUCUAUGAUUCUGCCAAAUCUAAGAGCUCUAGUUGUUAUUUUGUUGUUUCUCUUUUGUGAUGUAUCAACUUGUUACCAGUAAUUCUUGCUUCCUGCAUAGACUUCCUGUAUGCUUUGGUUCUAUAUAAACUGUAGUUGGGAACAAUGACCUGAAGAGACAAGAAUCACGAUUGUUACAUUGAGCAUCAACUUGGACCACGGAGCGCUUCCACUCUUGCUGAAUUGUGUUAUCGGAGCUCCAGUGCACUUUGCAGUACUAGGCAUAUCUCUGUCCUUGUACAUAUUGCCGUUAGUAGCUGCUGAUGAACAUCUUGGUAUUUGCAGAAGUGCUACAGUAACCUCAGAAACACCCACUGCUUGGCAUUUGCUCUGACGAAUGCUGAUGAUCCCUAUCCUUUUUUUUUUCUUCCUGAGCUUCUGAAUGUAACAUGUACCUAAGUGACCUUAUUUUAUUAUGAGAUCUGUGUGGUCUUCCUAUUCAA